AUGACCGGGCGUAGGUUUGAACAGCUAUUGCGUUGCUUACAUUGUGAAUCCGUACCAAAUAAUGACAGACUUACUAAGAUUUCCGAACUUCUGGAGCUUGUAAAUAGUUCAUUUCAAACGGCAUAUAAACCUGGAAAAAAUUUAUGGAUAGAUGAAUCUAUGAUGCUACGUCGAGGGAGACUAAGUUUUCGGCAAUUUAUAAAAUCAAAGAAAAAUAAGUACGGAAUUAAAUUUUAUGAAUUUUGUACACAUGAUGGCUAUGCUCUAAAUCUAGAUAUAUAUAAAGGCAAAGUAACACAUGAGGUAUCUUCCUUAUCUGUAGUAGAUUCUGUGAUUAUGAGACUAAUGGAAUCAUAUUUAUCGGAGGGCCUUUCAUUAUUUAUGGAUAACUACUAUAAUAGUGUCGGAUUGGCCAAUCGAUUACUUAGUUUUAAAACUCAUACCACUGGAACCUUACGUACCAAUCGCAAAAUGAAUCCAAAACCCAAAAUAAUUGACGUGCAAAAUAAAUAUGGUAUCGCGAAGAAAAAGCCAAUAGAGAUUGCUAACUAUAACGUAAAUAUGCAUAGACAGAUGUAUGAUCAAAUGAUAUUAUAUUAUUCCUCCCCUAAAAAAUCUAUCCGUUGGUACAAGAAGGUUAUAUUCCAUUUGCUUCAUAUAUCAAUAUGGAAUCACGUGAAAAAUAGGCUAUUUCGUUUUUGUACCUAA